CGGGUGGAGGCUGUGUGGCUGAGGUACGGAGGGGAGGAGCCCGAGUCCUCGCCACUGCCGCUGCCGCUGCCGCCGCCGCCGCCGCCGCCUCCGCCGGUGAGGAGCAUGUCUGCAACUCGAGCCAAGAAAGUGAAGAUGGCCACCAAAUCAUGCCCGGAGUGCGACCAACAGGUUCCUGUUGCGUGUAAAUCAUGUCCCUGUGGCUAUAUAUUUAUUAGCAGAAAACUUUUAAAUGCCAGGCACUCAGAGAAAUUACCACCUUCUCCAGAAAACAAGCAUGAGGCCAAGAGGAGGCGAACAGAGAGAGUUAGGAGAGAGAAGAUAAAUUCUACAGUAAAUAAAGAUUUAGAAAACAGAAAGAGGUCUCGAAGUAACAGCCAUUCAGAUCAUAUCAGACGAGGAAGAGGAAGACCUAAAAGUGCAUCUGCCAAAAAACAUGAGGAAGAAAGAGAAAAACAGGAAAAGGAAAUUGACAUCUAUGCUAACCUCUCUGAUGAAAAGGCUUUCGUGUUUUCAGUCGCCUUGGCAGAAAUAAAUAGAAAAAUUAUCAAUCAAAGACUUAUUCUCUGAUAUUUGUCUGCAAAAUUUGUUGAAAACAUUCUUCAGGAUUACAUCAACAAAUUCUCAAACCAUUAUGGACUCUCUGGAGCAUUCUGGCAGCAUCAAUAAGGGCCACUGAUUAUUUUUUCUUCUAUCAUCUAGCAUGUGCCACACUUUGGAUACAAAGCUGUAGGUUUGGACUAUUAUUAUUGGCUUCCUUUCUUUCUUUCUUUUAACCAAGGAGUAUUGUUACUGUUUGGUGUUGGGAUAAGUAAGGGUAUUUACAAAGAAUAACAAUGCUGAAUGGGUAUUAAGCAGAUAAAAAACGUAGGGGUAGAGGUGGAAGUAUGAGAACUAGAGAUGAAAAUGCUUAAUAGUUUUCAGAUUUGCUACCAGAGAUGCAAUGUUUUAAAUACUGUCAGAAAGAGUGACUUUUGAAUAUGUAUAUUGCAGGUUUUCAGCACUAACAGAUUAUAUACAAUUCAUUUACUUUUAAUAAAUUGGCAAUUGAUCAUUGAAGGGAGGAAUUAAUAAUAUAAAGAGUAAAAUUUGUCUUCAGCUGAUUUUUUUGAGGGGAAUUUUUUUAUGACUUAAGGUAGAAUUAUAUUUUAGGAGAUUCUUUCUAGACAUUUUGGAAGUUUGGGUGCUAUAUGAAGAAAAACAUUGAAAGAUAUAUCAUACUUCAGAUUUAAACACCUUGUUUUCUUGAAUGUAAUUUAUUUAUUGGUUAAAAAAAAAAGCUUUUCUGCUUUUAAGAUGGUGCCUGUUAAGCUAAACAUAAAAUAUAUUUAUUACAUGCAAGUAUUUCUUAGCCACUUUUAAGCAGUAAUAUUUUAUCUGAGUGGAUGUCUAUUUAUACAUCCUGAUAAUUUAAACUGUUAUUUAACCUCACUCUGGAAGAAAAAUAAACCUUAAUAUUGAAAUAAGUAGGUUAAAUAGUGUGACAUAUAGCUUUCUGCCCUUUAUUUAAAUUGGUAGCCAACAGAGGGAGUUAAGAAGUACACUGUUAUGAUUUUAGAAUUUUCUUAAGAACUUAUUUCCUCAUAAUAACUACCAGAAGGUACUACUAAAUUUGUUUUGUGUGCAUUAAACUCCUAAUUAUAAAGUUUU